GGCACCACGUGGGGUGUAGCCUAUGAACUAACCGGAGAGGCCGCCCUAACCUACCUCCAAACGAGGGAGGUCGCUCUUGGAGGCUAUACCACCGCGGUAGUGGAGUUCUACCCAAAGGGGGCGUCUGUUGCCCCCUUUCCUGUGUUGCUGUAUAUCGCUACACCCUCCUCUAAGGAGUGGGCGGGGGAGGCGCCCCUACACGAGAUCGCUACACAGAUUACACAGUGUUCCGGCCCGGCAGGUCACAAUGUAGAGUACCUGCUGCGCUUGGCGGAGUUCAUGCAGGAGAAGGUGCCCGAGGGUUACGACGCCCACCUAGCUACGCUGGAACAGCUUGUGCGGAUUCGCAUCAAGGAGAAGAACCUGUGCCUCAAGUCCCUGAUGGGCGAGGGUCAGCAACCUCAAGGAGGUCUUCCUAAUGGAGCAGGAGGUCCUCCUAAUAGAGCAGGAGGUCCUCCUAAUAGAGCAGGAGGUCCUCCUAGAAGAGCAGGUCAACUUCCGGAGGCCCAGGCGGUGGAGGAGAGACGAGAUACCUUUCAGUAUUCUGCUCAGUUACCCCCUAAGAAACUUCGCUGCCUUAAUGUCUAAGAGAUGGUUUUGGUGGUUUUUAGGUGAUAGGCCUACCUUCAUGGGGUGCCAGGCCUACCCAUGGGGGUGCCAGGCCUGUUUUAGACGGACAAACUACAUAUAUCUGACUGUUUUGGCCUAAAGUCAACCUCGAAGUGAUCAUUUGACAAUUCAGUCAGAUCCUCUACUCACAGUAGGCCUACACCCAGUCAGCCACACCUCUGAGGAGGUACACAGUACACAGUACUUAAGUCCUGACGGUGUACAGUGUCUCCUCAUGUGUUCUUCAGGGCUGAAGAACAUUGUUCUUCAAUGAAGUUAUCAGUGAUUAAAAUAUUCCUCAAUAUUUACACACUUUCUUCCUACACACCUUUCCCUAACCUCCCUACACUCCCCUUCCUUACCUCCCUACACCACCUUCCUUACCUUCCUACACCCCCUUCUUUACCUCCCUACACCCCCUUCCUUACCUCCCUACACCCCCUUCUUUACCUCCCUACACCCCCUUCCUUACCUCCCUACACCCCCUUCCUUACCUCCCUACACCCCCUUCCUUACCUCCCUACACCCCCUUCCUUACCUCCCUACACUCCCCUUCCUUACCUCUUACCCAUCAGAAUACUUUAAAAACACCAUAUUUAUAUAUAUUUAUAAGUAAAACUGAGUAAUAUAUAUAUUAGCAAAAUUAUCAGUCCACUUUAAAGCUACUUAUCUUUAAGUACCACUGAUGCUAAGUACAAACUAAUCGUUCCUAUGAGAAGCUCUUCAAUCGGGUCUAACUAGGAUCAACUUCUCAGACACGAGGUGAUGAUAAUUGAUGGUUUUAAUUGGUAAUUGAUGGUAAUUUUGACAUGGAUUUUUUCCGUCCUUGCAACCUGUCACCGCCUGACUUGACAUGACACUGACUUGACACUUGACGGGCCUGUCAGGCACCUGUCACUUCACCACGUGGUUGGUGACGUGUGUUUGUAAACAAGACCACGUGGACGGUGACGUGUGUUUGUAAACAAGACCACGUGGACGGUGACGUGUGUUUGUAAACAAGACCACGUGGACAGUGACGUGUGUUUGUAAACAAGACCACGUGGACGGUGACGUGUGUUUGUAAACAAGACCACGUGGACGGUGACGUGUGUUUGUAAACAAGACCACGUGGACAGUGACGUGUGUUUGUAAACAAGACCACGUGGACGGUGACGUGUGUUUGUAAACAAGACCACGUGGACGGUGACGUGUGUUUGUAAACAAGACCACGUGGACGGUGACGUAUGUUUGUAAACAAGAUCACGUGUUAGUGGUGACAUGUUUGUAAACAAGACCACGUGUUAGUGGUGACAUGUUUGUAAACAAGACCACGUGUUAGUGGUGACAUGUUUGUAAACAAGACCACAUGUUAGUGGUGACAUGUUUGUAAACAAGACCACGUGUUAGUGGUGACAUGUUUGUAAACAAGACCACAUGUUAGUGGUGACAUGUUUGUAAACAAGACCACGUGUUAGUGGUGACAUGUUUGUAAACAAGACCACAUGUUAGUGGUGACAUGUUUGUAAACAAGACCACGUGUUAGUGGUGACAUGUUUGUAAACAAGACCACAUGUUAGUGGUGACAUGUUUGUAAACAAGAUCACGUGUUAGUGGUGACAUGUUUGUAAACAAGACCACGUGUUAGUGGUGACAUGUUUGUAAACAAGACCACGUGUUAGUGGUGACAUGUUUGUAAACAAGACCACAUGUUAGUGGUGACAUGUUUGUAAACAAGACCACGUGUUAGUGGUGACAUGUUUGUAAACAAGACCACAUGUUAGUGGUGACAUGUUUGUAAACAAGACCACGUGUUAGUGGUGACAUGUUUGUAAACAAGACCACGUGUUAGUGGUGACAUGUUUGUAAACAAGACCACGUGUUAGUGGUGACAUGUUUGUAAACAAGACCACGUGUUAGUGGUGACAUGUUUGUAAACAAGACCACGUGUUAGUGGUGACAUGUUUGUAAACAAGACCACGUGUUAGUGGUGACAUGUUUGUAAACAAGACCACGUGUUAGUGGUGACAUGUUUGUAAACAAGACCACGUGUGGGUCAAUGACAAUUAUUUAUAGCUGUGAAAAAACGUGCUGACGUUAAUUUCACAUAAAUUAACACACAUUUAAUAUCUCUAUGAUUUAACAACAUCAAAAUAUCUACUUGAAUAUGUUCACCAAAUUUAUACAACAAAAGUUAUAUAUAAAAUGUUCAUAUUCACUUGUUUAAUCCGAAUAUAAUAUAUAAAUGAACAAUAACAAAUUAACAGAGAAUUAUAUUGUUAAUGAUAUAAAAUCUCAUUAUAUGUAGCACAUAUAUGUGCCUUCACUCUACAUAUUACUGUGAACACUGAACAUGUUCACCCAAAAUGUUCACUUGAACAAGAGCAACAAUCCUCUAGACACACGCCAGUCAAUAAAUGAAUUUACAGAUAAA